AUGUUAGACAACCGAUCCACGCUAACAUCACUACAAUGGCUACCCCAGUUAUUCACGAUGCAGCAUGCAUCUUCUGCAAAAUCAUCAAAGAAAUUGAUUGAGACAGCACACUCUUAUUCAUUUUUAGAUAUCCAACCAUUGACCGAGGGACAUGCGUUGAUUGUGCCUAAAUACCACGGUGCUAAACUACAUGAUAUCCCUGAUGAGUUUCUAGUUGACGUCUUACCAAUUGCCAAGAAAUUGUCAAAGGCACUAGGUGUUGAGAAUAAUGGGCUAGACAACCCAAUUGGUUACAACGUCUUGCAAAACAAUGGUAAAAUUGCCCAUCAAGAAGUUGGCCAUGUCCAUUUCCACGUUAUCCCCAAGAGAGAUAAGGAUACUGGUCUAGUCGUCGGUUGGCCUGCACAACCAACAGAUUUCGCCAAACUAGAUCAAACUCACAAGGAAAUCAUGGCCAAGUUGGAUUCGAACUUGUAA